CUCAUCACCCUAACCUGUUGUUACCUUCCCCUGCAAAGAUUUAUUCAAAUUCCAAGCUGGAUAUAAAAGGAUCCCUUCAUUUCUGAUACUUUGUGAAUCACACAAAUGGCUCAAGGCAGUUACAUUUGGAGAAAUGUGUCAGGUCAAAGCACUGAAGAGUGUGCUCCUAACUGCCUGGGCAUUGACUACAGUUAUCAUCCAGACUUGGACUACAUCAAGUGUGUGGACCAUUUCCAAAACAACGCCAACAUUAAGCGGCUAAGCCUUAAAAGGAGGCCAAAAGUGGCCAUCAACAAUGCAGAAAAAUCAUCCAGCGCUUCAUCCAGCCAGUGGUAUUCUGCAGAAGCAUUGUCAUCAUCUAGCAGUGAUGAUACAAGACUACUGGGCAUGUCAUCUACAACCAGCCGUCGACCUCCUCUUCCUCCACCACAUGGUUCCUCAUUGGAUAACAAACCCUCACGGGGUCAAGGACCCACUACCUCUCAGGUAGAGUCAAAGCCUCAGCCGGCUGCAAGAUCUUUUCCUUCACAAAAACAAAGCCCUGUGGUGGGAGAUACCAUUAUGGAAACCUUAAACCACUUGGAACAGGAGGUUAAGACACAGCUUCCACCUCAGCCCCAACCCCGUCGACGACUGGCCAGCUUUGGAGGGGUAAGCUCCCAUGGGUCUCUCUCCCCCUUCACUGGCCUGGGUGCAUAUAACCUGAACAUCAAUGGGAACAAGCCUACUAGCACAGGAGAUGAUAUGCAUGUCCACCUUAGCUCGUCCUUAGGCAGUAGAGGCAGCACAGGAUGCCUAAGACAGAGUCCACAGAGCUCUGGCAGAACCACACCAGCGACAGGUCUCGGCCCCAUGCACCUGCAGCAUGUUCGUGACCAGAUGGUGGUAGCUCUGCAGAGGCUGAAGGAGCUGGAGGAGCAGGUGACAAUCAUCCCUAUCCUCCAGGUAAACAUCUCAGUCCUCCAGGAGGAGAAGAGGCAACUGGUCUCUCAGCUCAAGAACCAAGGUGACAACGAGGACGUCAAUUGUGUGAUAUGGAAGAGAGCCGAUAGCAUGGAAAGGUCUGACAUUAAGACCACGAUUAAUACAGAGGAAGAACUUGAGGAAUUAUUGAGAAAUGACCACACCAAUUUUAAGGAGUUCAGGCAAUUGAAUGAAGAGAUGCAGGCAUUGGAAAGAACCAUCAAGGGCAAACAUUUGCAAACAAUGCAUGGAAAAGGCCAAAGCUCUCUACAUGACAAUGCUAUCAAGUCAGUCGCAGCUGUAACUGAUAAUGAUAUAGAUAUCACCCUGUCUAAACCAACUAAAGAAAACAAAUAUGUGAACACUGAUCAGGUACAGACGAGGUCAAUUGCAACAGAAGUGACCGAAGAGAAUCUUGGACUAUACACAGAACGGGAAGCAGAGAUUGAUGCCCAACAAUUUUUAAUUGGUGCCUUGAAGGAGAGAAUUUGUUACUUGGAAGCAGAGUUGAAGGAAUCAGCUCUCGAGACAGAGAUGAGUCGUCUGAAACUGGAGCUUCAUGCUGCAGGAGCAAGGAACCGAGCUGAUAAAGCCUGCUCUGCAAGACCAUGCACUGAGAGCAAAAGCAUUGAGGCAAGGCCCCACACCACAAGCCAGGGUGUGGGAAAUCACACAGAGCUCCAAGAUGCCAGCACAGGGAAGGAAACAGAGGUGAAGACUGUGGGAGUAUCUUGUUACGGGCCUGAGCUUAAGAGUGUUUGUACAGGACCAGAUGAACCCAUGAGCCACUGGGAGGUCAGGGAGCGGGUGGAGACCAUGGAAAAGGGUGUGGGGAUCCACAUUUCUACAAACACACAGGGAGUUGGAAAUGCGAUAAAGUUAUGUGAUGCAGAAACCAACACUGAGAUACUAGUGGAGAAUCUGGGUUCUAAGAAAAAACAGAUUAAGUAUCGUUCAGUGGGUUGUGGGGACUGUUCUGUUGAUGUGAUAGUCAGUGAGGCAAAGGAAGUUGUGUCUCAAGGUAUUUCCACAGAUCAAGUCAGAGGAGUAGAUCUGGGAGUCAUGGCAUCACCUCGGACAGCUUGUCAGCGUACCAACACAGAAUCCAGUUCAGUGUCUCGCUUUACCAACACCAGCCAUGCCUUUAACACGGACUCCAGCACUAAUACUGUCUUAAGUACCCAAGACAAGCACACCAACACCACUCAGACUUUUACUAGGACAGUGUCAGUAGGCAACGGGGUCAAAGACAUCAAAUGUACCCCAGAGACCCGCACUAUUGGUGUAGGAACUGAAAAUAUACAAGGAAGUGCCUUAAACCAAACAACAGGGACUGCCGCCAAGUUAACCCGAGACGCUGGUGUUGGAUUUACAAACAUUAAUGAUCAUUUCCUGAUUGGGCUGAAAACCCGGAAUAUGGCCUCUGGACCCUCUCAUCUACCUGACCCCAUUAAGACAAGGAGCAUUGGUGUAGGGGAGGGGAGGAUACAGGAUCUGUCCGUCUCAUGCAAUGCACCUGGCCAGAUGAUCCAGAGAUCUUCACAGUCUCAGUGGGGCCCCGAGCUGAACCAUUACAUAGAGAAGAUGCAAUGGCUUCUCAGGGAGAAUGGGGACCUGCUGACUGAUGGCCAACCUCAGAGGAGAGAAGGAUUUGUCCCACAACCCAGUAGCCAAGGAAGUGCCAACUCCAAGCUGUCCUGCAAUAACGAAACUGCAGCACAAGGAGAAACAGAAGUCCAUCCAUUAGGUCCUCAGCCAUCAGUCAGCGGAGAGUUUCAAUGUCCAUCUCCACUCUUAGAUGACUCUUCCAAGUGGGACCAAGCAAACCCAGGAUUCUGCCAACAGAGUGGCACUAAUUCAGAGGUGAAAAGAAUGAUACAGAUGUUGGAACAACAGGCAUCCUCUAAUCUGCAAGACAGGUCAUCUUAUCCCGAUGUGCGGUCUGUAAUGAAGAAACAAAAUGGCGACCAGGGUUGUAGCAGCACCAGGAAGAGCAUGAAAUUCAUGAGGGUGACCACAGGAUUGGAUCCCAUGUCCUCUUACGAAUGUUGUGCCAGUGAGCAUGCAAACUCUGAGGAAGUGGAAAAGAGGGGAAACAAAAAUUCAAGGGAAACCUCUCAAGAUGGAACGCAAGGAAGGAAGGGCAAAGGUGGUUCCAACAAGGGGUCAAAAGGGACUCCAACACCACAUUCACAGAGGUGUAAGUUAAGUGAAAAUAUGUUUUCUGCUUGUCAAGCCUUGAAGAUGCACCUGAGUGAUGACCCACCAUUAUCCAGCAGAGAAUUGCAUGACUGUCUACAAACAAUCGAGCAAGAGUGGUUUUCUGUAUCCAGCCAAAAGUCAGCCACUCCUGACUCAAUGGAUGAUUACUUGUCUGCAUUUCGGGUCAUUUCACCUUCAGUAUUGCAACAUAUAGCUAACAUGGCUGACGGCAAUGGAAACACAGCUCUGCACUACAGUGUGUCCCACUCCCACUUUGCAAUUGUCAAGAAAUUGCUUGAUGCAGAGGUGUGUAACGUUGAUCACCAGAACAAAGCCGGGUACACGCCCAUCAUGCUGGCUGCACUCGCGGCUGUGGAGAGUCCAGAGGAACUGAGAGUUGUGGAGCAGCUCUUCACAAAAGGAGACGUCAAUGCCAAGGCCAGCCAGGCCGGUCAGACGGCUCUGAUGCUGGCUGUGAGUCACGGCAGGACGGACAUGGUGCGGGCUCUGCUGGACCGAGGGGCCGACGUCAACCUGCAGGAUGACGAGGGCUCCACGGCGCUCAUGUGCUCCAGCGAGCACGGACACGCCCACAUCGUCAGACUUCUGCUGGCACAAGACCACUGUGAUGCCACCCUGAAUGACAGUGAUGACAGCACAGCCCUGUCCAUUGCCCUGGAGGCGGGACAUCAUGACAUAGCAGUGCUCCUUUAUGCACAUGCCAACUUCUCCAAAGGACAGACAGGGGCAGCUGCUCGUCACAGCAGCAGGUCUCUGUCCUCCUCUGGUGGCAGAAACAUCUUCGAAUGAGCUGAUGCCCCAAAGGCUGAUGCUUUUGGAUCUUAUUUUUGAGGUGAUUCAGUAUCAUAGCCUUCAUAACAGUGGGGCAAUUUGAACAGUGUCAGUAUCUUACUCAAACUUUUCAUUUAAAUGACAUUAUGCUAGUUAUUCUCUGAAAUGUAUUCAAUGCAUAGUAUGUAUUAACUCAGCAGGUAACGCAUGGCAGAGUUAGUGUUAAUCCAUCUGAACAAGGGUUAAUAAUUAAUGUUUGUAUCCGGCAGUCAUCUAAUAUUUACAAUCAAUUAUUUCUUUAAUCAUUAUAAUUGUUAUUUAGAAAAUUAUAUUUUAUUGUGAUAUUUUUUAAUAUAUGUAUGCAAAAUAGUAUUAUAAUAUUAUACAAAAACAUAUACAGUACCAUCAAACUCAUAGA